GAACCACCUCGGGGUUCUGCACCAAAUUCUUAGUGUAAAAGAGAAGCGAUUCAUCGCUCGCACUCGCAGUUCUGUCUUAAAUAAUGCGAAUUACAUCGAGCGGCCGCGAUCCCUCGACAAAAGUAUGCAAAUAAUCUCAAGAUACCAGAGUACUUUACUGCGUUUAUAAUAUUAUCAGCUAACCGGCCGGUUUAACGCUGUGAUUUAAGGCCGCUCGUUACACGUGAUAUUCGCUCCUCAAUUUGGUACGCACCCUCCUGAAUAUAAUUACAAUCCCUGGAGCCGCUUGAUAGUACUUCCGCGCUCGUGAUACCACGUAUGAGAUAAAAAAAACAGGAAAAACUAGGCCAGGAGGGAGGGCGUCUUAUCGUGAUACUCCCAGGAUUUAAGAAUGAGCCUCCUACACCUCGCGGCACCAGUGAUUUAAUUAUAACGCGACCUUCGUCGACGGUUUACACACGCGAGGGGUUCGUACAAAGUUUGCGACUUCUAAAAUGGUACCGAGUCUACCAUGGGCGGGAAUCGUCGUUUUCGUUGCACUGGGGCGAUUCGUGCACCCGGAACGAUGGGAAAGCGGCCUGCGGCAGAGGUACGACGGCUACGGGGAAGACUGGAUAUUCAUGCCGGACGGUAACGGGCAGCCUCAGGUAGCGGUACUGAAGGUCCAAGAUAGCGAGACGAGAGGCGUGCUGAACGGCCCGGAGAUAGCCUACAUGAUUUACACCCGAACCGGCCCGAAAGAAGGCACGCGAGUGACUCUGAAUGACACCACGAAUCUCGCCAGUUCCGACUUCAAGCCAUCGCGCAAGACAAAAUUCAUAACGCACGGCUGGAAAUCGAGCGCCAUGAGCGCCGGUCCCCGGAAGCUGAAAGAGGCUUUUCUGACUCACGGCGACUACAACAUCAUCAUCGUGGACUGGGAACCGUUGGCUGCGAGCACCUUUUAUCUGGGCCCGAUGCACAACACCGUGAGGGUCGGGACCGACGCCGCUAACUUCAUCGACUUCUUGGUGAGCAAGACCGGCUUGAAGACGGAGGACGUUCACUUUAUCGGUCAUUCCCUCGGGGCGCACGUAGCUGGGAACGCCGGCAGUGCGACGACUUCCGGGAAACUGAGCCGAGUGACGGGUUUGGAUCCAGCGCUGCCGGGCUUCCACAUGUUCGCCUCCGAGAAGACCCGACUGGAUCCUACUGACGCGCUAUUCGUCGACGUUAUACACUCCUGCGGGGGUAUGUUGGGCUUCCUUCAGCCGCUGGGGAAAGUCGACUUCUAUCCGAACGCGGGCACGGCGAUUCAGCCCGGAUGCUGCUGCGUCCCCGAAGUGAUGGAGGCCUGCAGCCACGGACGAUCGUACGCAUACUUCACAGAGAGUAUAAACUCGAAGACGGGGCUGUCGGCUAUUAAAUGCGACAGCUGGGACUCGUACAUAGGCGGCAAGUGCACCAAUUCGCAAACGGUGCUCAUGGGAGAGCACGUCGAUCAGACGGCGAGCGGCUUGUACUUUCUCCGAACUAGAUCGAGCUCACCUUACGCAUACACAUCGGAAGUAGCCGAUAAUCAAAUUUGACCGACGAUUCCCCGAAUGUCGAGUCGCGUACACAAGCC